AUGACCUGGAUCCCUCACGUGCAGGAUCUCAAACUCCGGACGGCAGCCAUAGCCAAACAAAUGAAACUCUUUUAUGGUCACAAAUGGGGGCUUAACCCCCAUAUUCAAAAGGUAUUGUACACGACAGUCAUCGAGAAGAUAGUGACGUAUGCUGCCGCAGUAUGGGCCUACCCAAUGCAAGGAAGGAAGGUCAGACAUCUUAACAGCAUACAACGACCAUUCGCAUUGGGAAUCACACGGGCCUACCGCACCACCUCCACCGAUGCCAUUAACGUACUUGCUGGUCUCCUUCCCCUGCACAUCCGGGUUGAGGAGGAGGCAGCACGCCAACACAUUUUGCAACUUAAGAAGGCAGUUACUUUUGACGAUGAAACAUACUACCCGGAUGAGUACGAAACAAACUUCUGCCCUCUUGACGUCCACCCGGCAGAGAAAGGCAAAGGGAUACUUAUCUCAAUUAAUCCCACUGCAACUCAUCACUCAAGGGAAAUGACCAUCUAUACAGACGGGUCUAGAUUGGACGAAAGAGUGGGAUGCGCCUAUGUCGCCACGAAACAAGACAACGCAAUCGAGAAAUGGAAGGGACAGUUAAGACAACAUAACAGUGUCUUUCAAAGCGAAGCAGUGGCAAUUGCACAAGCGAUUCGCUACCUGCACUCGCACCAGCAUAGCCAUGUCACCAUUAAAACGGACAGCUUAUCAUCGUUAUAUGCCAUUUGGAAUGCAGAUCAUCCCUCGGAGAUUAUACAGGGAAUCCAGAGAGAUCUUAGAAGUAACCCCCAGUACCGCACAAAAUUAGAGUGGAUAAAGGCUCAUGUUGGCCACUAUGGCAAUGAACUUGCCGACCAACUCGCCAAAGAGGCAACAACUGACCCGCCUGAUGCACCAAUUAUCAUCCCAUGGCCGCAUUCGUAUUUAAAGAAGACACUACGCCUAAGGGCUACUGGCAUGUGGCAGAACGAAUGGGACCAAAGCACCACAGGGAGAAGGACCCACUACUUCAUCGGCUAUGUGGACACUAGCCGAAAUGUAGCGAACGCACAGUUGAUAGGUUACGGAGGACUGGAACGCCUGGUGUCUAACAGAAGUAAACAGACAUGUGUUCCGCAUCCUGCUCUAACUACAGCAAAAGCUCCCUGGAGUCCCAAGAGGUAG